AUGUCAGUCAACCUCGGACCACAGCGAAAAGGGGGGCAGCACAUAUGUGAACUGAGUCUUUCAGAUCACAAUAUACAUCCUAAAGAUCUCAUGCAACAACAGGGGUUCAUCUAUAAGUCUGUGUGGGUAAGUAACGGUAUCCGCAUUUAUUAAAAACUGAAUCAUUGGCUAAUGCAAUCCUAGAGCUUUGAUUGGCUUAGCCAUCAUGGUAUCCAUUAUGCAAUGCUCUCCAAAUAUGGUAACUGUAGGCGUCUGCUCAAAAUUAAAAACAAGCUGAAAAUCGGUUGUUUUUACAAAUAGAGUCGGGAAGAAUUCUCGAUAUUUUGUGGGCGUUUUUAAUAAAAUAGUUAUUUCACUCGCACUUGUUUUGGAUAUGAGAUAGAUGGAUACGAGGCGCUUAGCGCUGAGUUGGCUAUAAUCUGCUAUUAGUUCAUAAUGGUUUCUAUUUUUUCGAUAAAGGGUUAAUGUUGCUUAAAACACUCUUCAAACGUCAAUAUUUUUGAUAUCAUAAGUUAGAUAUUUUUGAAAGUAGCACCGACAGAAGAUCGCCUCGCGAAACCCUCAGAAAAAAAAAUUCAAAAUACACUUACGUCGUACAUCGUAUCACAAAAAGUGUUAUUGCCUGCUAUUUUUAUUUUUCCAACAGAAUUAUUGCUCAAGCAGCCCAUGCCCCUCAGGGUACAGAUGUCAAACAGGAUUUACUGAUAAAAGAUACCGAUGUACAGGUAUUUUGUACUUUGAUAAUGCGAGUUGUCGACAAAUAAAGAAGUGACGUUUUUGCGCGACGAACGUUAACCGGAAGUGAGCCUUUUUCUCUUUUAAUAUACCCUAACGCUACCAAAUUUGUAUUGCUAAGUGUCUUUACUCCUAUAGAGACGACUUUACCAAAAAAUCGUUCAGAAUCAUGGCUCAAGAGUGAAAAACGUCAACUUUCGGUUGACGUCCACGGUUCAAACACGUCGCUGCUCAAGCUCAUGCCCGUGGCGGCAUAAAGGCAGGCGUUUACAGUUAGCACGACCGUAAAACAUUUUUUUAAAAAAGCGGUUUGACAAAUUAUUGCCUACCGUUCACGGUAAUGAAGAAUUAAAAGCCAGCCAAUAAAGGAUUUCAAUGACACUCAACGGAGGAUUUCACCUGGGGUAGAUUUCUUUACACAAAAAUCAACAGCAUCAAAAUGAAUCACCCACUUAACCCUGGGACGAACAAACAGAGUAAUAUCCCCACCGUGGUACAAGGGUUGAGGGGGUGGGGGUGGCGGGUUGAUAGAACCCUUCCCUUAAGUCUUUCACAUGUUGCAGUAUUACAAAAAAAUUUUACCUUCAAUGGAAAGCCUUUGAUCUUCUCGACAAGAUAUGGAAUAUUUUAUGGGUGGUGGCACUGCUGGAGACCUGUGACGUCACCAAAUAUGGUCGCCAUCUUGGCCGCCAUCUUGGAUUUUACCAAAAAAAGAAAUCAAGUAAAAGCGGAGAUAAUUGGUAAUUUUUUGUGCUUGACAUGUAAAUAACGCAAAAUUAUCUUUAAACUUGUUUUAGAAUGCACGCCAGGGUUAAGAGAACACCUACUGAAAAAAUCAGCUGCUGAUGUUUGAUCCUCUAGGAAAAACUCAGAAAAAUCUCAAAGUGUGGGGGGAGGGGGUUAGCAUCCACCCCUCUCUCCCCCUUCCUAUGCGUCCGAGGGUCAAGCAACCACAAGUUAAGUUAGAAAUUUGGACAUUACAGCUAUUUUGGAUUAAGAUUACAUUCAAUUUAUAACGGAUUGAUGUUCAUCACUUUCAGAA